GACAGCAUGAAAAGACAGACAGAACAACAAUAAAAAAGUAGUUCCAUCAAAGAAAAAGAUAUCCGUGUCAAAUGUCACUCAUCCACCACGCCGAAGGCAGUGUGACGUCUUAACACCGGACCAAUCGUUGGCCGGCGUUGUGCGGCGAGGGGCGUGACAUCAACCAGAGCAAUGAAACAGCAGGGAGCGCAAAUUGAAAUGGCAAAACGUCCACGGACGCACUGGCGGGUGUGGAGGAGAGCGGAGCUGCUUGGUGUGAGGGACCUCGGUAAAAGUUGACGGCUGCUCGGAUGGAAUGCGUGUGCAUCCGGCUCCCCUGAAGCCUUACGGGCUCGCAACGAAGCGUCCCGGGCUCCCCUGAAGCCCGCUGGGCUCCGUGGCCCCUUCGCCGCCGGCCGCGCACAGUGCUCGUCGUCCGGCCACCGGCGUCGUCGUUCCUAUGAGUGCGACGUCCAGUCCGCCGUUCGUGGUGAUGCAGCGGCCACUCGGAAGCAGCUCCGCCUUCAGCAUCGACUCUCUCAUCGGUGGGCCUCCGCAGCCCAGUCCAGGACACUUCGUGUACACGGGCUACCCCAUGUUCAUGCCCUACCGCUCGGUGAUGCUGCAACCGCCGCCGCCUCCGCCGCCGCCACCCGCUUCCCUGCAGCCGGCCGGACACCCACCGCAUCUCCCGGCGUUGCAAGGCGGUUUUUGCUCCAGCCUCGCUCUCACCUCCACGCUCAUGGCCUCGCUUCCUGGAGGAUUCUCGCCCGGCCAGCAUCACCAGGACGCUGGCCGGAAGCACGCUGAGGACACCAAGAGUUUGGCGCCAGUGUCAGCGAAAGAAGACGCGGAAACGUCUGUGCAAACAGCCGCAGCGCGAGGACACGUGAGUCCAGACGAGUCCAAAGAGGAUGACUGCGCGCGCAGAGACGAGAUUUUCUCGAUGGACAGCGACGCGGACUACAGCUCGGACGACAACAUGAUGAGCUCCGCGGCGGCCGGGCUGGAUGACGGCCUGCACCUUCACGCUUCGGCCGGCUCCGGCUCGGGCCCCCCGGGAGGCGGAGGAGGCGGUGGCGGCGGCGGCGGGGGUAAGAACCGGAGGCGGCGGACCGCGUUCACCAGCGAGCAGCUCCUGGAGCUGGAGAAAGAGUUCCACUGCAAAAAGUACCUGUCGCUCACCGAGCGGUCCCAGAUCGCGCAUGCGCUCAAGCUGAGCGAGGUGCAGGUCAAGAUCUGGUUCCAGAACCGGCGCGCCAAGUGGAAACGGGUCAAAGCCGGCAACGUCAACAACAAGUCCGGGGAACCGUCGCGGAACCCCAAGAUUGUGGUUCCCAUCCCGGUGCACGUGAGCCGCUUCGCAAUAAGAAGUCAGCACCAACAGCUGGAGCAGAGCCGACCCUAGAACCCUCGAGAACCACUGCCGAGAACUGGCCUCUCUUCAGCGCACUUGGCACUUGUUUAAUUCGCUCUCUUAAAAAAAAAAAAAAAAAAUCAGGCCAAAGCUGGAAAGUCAAGAAAUGUAACGGCAUUUUUAAACAAGUGCAAUAGGAUCUAAAUUAAUUCAUUGAAGACAAAAAGACAAAGGACGAUUAUGUCCUCAUUUAAGGGACAAAGUUUGAACGGGAAAAGGAUGACGAUGAUGUCCAUGAUAACGAGACAA